GUGAACUUGAUGGCUUGUAGUUCUGUGUUGACAUGUUGUUUUUCGUCUAACGAACUUAUUAUGUUAAAAAAUAUUAAAAUAUUUACUUAAGAAAUUUCAUGACGCUAAAAUUGUUUGCUAUAAAACUUUCCAAUAGGUGAUAGGCGAAAAAAAUAUAUUUUUGUCUUAAAAUUUUUAUUUAAAAAGUAAAUUUCAAGUGAGUGGCUAGUUUCUUGAAUUAUUUAAAUGGAUAACACAGAUUCUGAGGACAGAUCUGAUGGUUUAGAGAUGGAUAAUAACAUUGAUCGAAAAAGUAGAUCAAGAUCUGGAUCAAGAGCUUCUGAUAGAUCAGUUAGUCCAAGUGAUGUAGUUAAUAAAAAUAAUACCAGUCCACCAAGGUCGGAAUCAUUAUCACCGAGAUCUGAACAACCAGGCUCUCCAGCAUCAGUGCAUUCAAAUGCUAGUAGUAAACAUCAUCAAAAUGAUAGAUCUCCAUCUCCUGAAAAUAUUGAACGUUCUUCAAAAUCUAGAUCCAGAUCUAGAUCUUUGUCUAAUAAAAGUAAAUCUGCAUCGCCUACUCGUGCUGCAUCGCAAUCACCUGGAAGAAGUAGCAGAAAAAGUAGGUCUGGCUCAAGGUCAUCAGUUGAUUCUCGAGCUGGUUCUAAAUCUCCUGAUGCAGUUGAACAUAGAAAGUCCAGAUCAAGAAGCAGAUCAAAUGCGAGUUCAGUACAUUCGAGAGAAGCAUCACGUUCACGCUCAGUUCACUCAAGGGAAGCUUCACGAUCACGAUCACGCUCAAAUUCUCCUAAAAGUGUAAGAUCAGUAGAAAAGUCUUCUAAUCCUCCAUCACCAAGAAAAUCUCGUUCAAGAAGCGGAUCAAAUGCAAGUUCAGUGCAUUCUCGAGAAGCUUCACAUUCUAUUCAUUCAAGAGAAGCAUCUCGUUCACGAUCACGUUCAAAUUCGCCGAAAAGCGUAAGAUCAGCAAGGAAAUCUUCUCAUUCUCGGUCACCAUCACCUGUAUCGAGAAAAUCACCUUCACGUUCUCGAUCUCGAUCAAAUAGCCCUGCAAAAGGUUCUGCAAAAAGCUCUCCACGUGUCUCAAGAUCCAAAUCGGGCUCACGAUCAAAAUCUAGAUCGCGUUCAAGAUCCAAAUCUAAAUCUCGCUCAAGAUCAAAAUCCAAGUCUCAUUCGAGAUCAAGAUCAAAGUCUCCUUCGAGAUCUAAAUCUCGUUCAAGAUCUAAAUCUGUCUCGAGAUCACGCUCACGAUCUAAAUCAAAAUCACGGUCUAGAUCCCGAUCUCCAGGUACUUCUCAACGUCUUUCACGUUCACGUUCACGUUCGCACUCAAGAUCCAAAUCACGGUCACGUUCAAAGUCUCGUUCACGUUCAAAAUCUGUUGCUAGUUCAAGAGCUUCUCGAGCUUCAUCUCGAUCAUCUUCUGGUGGAAGAAAGAGCCGCAGUCGUAGUAGAAGUCGAAGUCAUAGUGGAAGUCGUAGUCGCAGUCACAGCCGUAGUCGUAGCCGAAGUCAUAGUCGAAGUCGUUCUGGUUCUCCAAGAGUUGCCGCAAAACGACGUUUAUCUGAUUCUGAAGGAGAAGAUGAUGAAAUUAAACGAUCAAAGAAGACAAAACAUAAACUAUCAGAUUCUGAAAAUGAAAAUGAAGAAAAAGAAGAUUCCGAAGAAAAACAAGAGAAAAGUGAUAAAGGUGAUGAAUUGGAAAUAGAAGAUAGAAAUGAAGGCAAUGGUGGUGAAAAUUUAGUUGAUAAAGAUGAUGGAGCAGAUUCUGAUGUUGAAAUAGACAGAAGUGGACAGAUGGAUGACUUCAUGUCAGACUUUGAUAUAAUGCUGGCACGGAAAAAAGAAGAGCAAUCACGUAGAAGAAGGCGUAAAGAUAUUGACAUUAUAAAUGAUAAUGAUGAUAUAAUUGCUCAAUUAUUAUCAGACAUGAAAGCAGCAUCAGAAGAAGACAGAAAGUUGAAUCAACAACAAAAACCAGCUACAAACAAAAUAGCUAUGUUACCAAAAGUUCUUUCUCAAUUAAAAAAACACGAUUUGCAAUUAGCAUUUCUUGAACAUAAUGUAUUAUCUGUUUUAACUGAUUGGUUAGCACCAAUGCCUGACCGCUCUUUACCAUCUUUAAGAAUACGUGAUAGUCUUUUGAAAUUAUUAUGGGAAUUUCCACGUAUUGAUCAAGCAUCUCUAAAACAGUCUGGUAUCGGCAAAGCUGUCAUGUACCUUUAUAAACAUCCCCGAGAAACUAAAGAGAACAAAGAACGUGCUGGUAAAUUAAUAAAUGAUUGGGCAAGACCAAUAUUCAAUCUUUCAGCAGACAUGAAAGCACUUUCUAGAGAAGAAAGAUUGCAGCGAGAUUUGGAGCAAACUCCACGUAAGAUAAGAAAAACCGAUGAAGACAGUUCAUCACAAAAAUCUCAGGAUAUCAACAAAGCACUCAAAGGAGAUGCCAAACUAUUAAGACCUGGAGAUCCUGGAUGGGUUGGUAGAGCUCGAGUUCCUAGGCCAUCUAACAAAGAUUAUAUUGUGCGACCAGAUUGGAAAUCAGAUGUUGAUAUUAGUAGAGGCACCAAGAAACAGAUGAACAGAUUUGAACGUCAUAUGAAGAAUUAUAUAGACAGUAAAAGGAUGAAAUCAGCACGACGUGCGGUGGAUAUAUCAAUAGAGGGACGAAAAAUGUCAUUAUAGUUCAAUAAUUUACAACUUAGUUAUCCUAAGAUUGAAUAAUAGAAUAAGUAAAAAAUAAAUUCAUCAUAUGUUCAGUAGUUAAGAAAAGUUAUGACUCUUGUAAAAAACAUAUUAUUUUAAAUAAUUCGAUUUGCUUCAUAAUUAUUACAAUAAAAAUAUUAUAAAAACAUUUUUUUAUUAACGAAUAAAAUUUUGACCAAGA